AUAUAAAAGAUUCUUGGGCGAAUACAAUUUUUAGGUCUCUAUAAUUAAUUAAUUUUAAUUUUAUCAUCAUAAUAUUAUUAAAAGUAUAUAAAACUUAUCUAAAAUUAUUAAUUUAUUUGUAUUUUGUAAAUAUAAAAAACACAGACUAUUAUGUCUUUUAAAUAUUGUGUAAAUAUGAGAUUGAAAGUGGAAAAAGAAAAGUUAGACCCUUGUUGUCAUAAAAAAGAAGAAAAAAAAUCUGGGUCCUUUAUAGUACUAAAUUUGCUUGAUUUUAGGUGGGCCCGGGUGAUUCCACUGUUUGCCCUCCUACCUAAGCAUUGGAUAAACAGUCUGGCCCUUGUGUUAUAAAUAUAAGUAACCCUAUAGGCUAGAGCAAAUCAGCAACAACAAAAAACUUUAAACUCUGUUUCGCCUACUGAUAUUGCUUCUGUAAGUAGUCAUGAAACACAAACUCUCCCACGAAAUCGAUAACUACCCUGAAUCAGACGAUGCGGGCACAAUCAGAGUCACGGCAAAGAUCUUUGGCCAAGAUGAUAACUCGACAUUCACGACUCUGUCCCUUGCCAAAGACUUCAUAGAUGAUGAGAACGAAGAGUGUAAAAGCAAAGAAGACUUGAACUACUUCUUGUUGGAAGCCGGAAUCACCGAAGAUGUUAUCAAUAAUGCGAUAUUGGAGCUAAUUGUUUAUGUUGAUGAGGUAACGUGCCCUGCAAGUAUCGAGUACUCUCCUGGCUGUGCUUUGAAUGUUCGGUUGGAUCUUGUUCCUGAUUAUCUCGAUGAUGAUGAUGACUCUGAGAUUCAAGAAGCUGCUCAAGUCUCGUUUGAUGAUACUAGCAAUAUCCGGUUUGGACCAGCUAGCAAGCUCGUGGUCAAGUCGCUACCCAGGAAAGUAUACAACAAGAAGAUUAAAAAGGAAAAGAAGAAGAACAAGAAGAUGGUUAGCUUGGAAGAGUGCAGGAUUUGUUUGCAAGAGUUUAGCAAUGGAGGAAUGGUUGUGACUUUAUCAUGUGGACAUGAGUUUGACGAAGAGUGUAUCGUAAAGUGGUUUGAGACCAGUCAUGUUUGUCCAUUGUGUCGUCUCGAGUUGCCUUGUCAAGAUGAUGAGCUAUAGCAUGUCAAGAUUGUUGGGUUGAACUCCGGUUGCUUAUUGUAAUAAAUCAUUGUUUAAAUAUCAUUUAAAUCCGAUAUUGUUGUUUUGUUACUUCAGAGUAUGUUUUUAUGUAGUAUCAACAUACCA